UACUACGGACGUGACGUCACUGGUCGGCGAAUCCGUGUUCCUUUCAUCGCCGUGUCUUCCUGCCGUCUGCAGCCGCUGGCCCCCGCCGCUCCCCGUCAUGUCCCGGUGCUGCGAGUACGUCACCUCCGAGCAGCUCAGCGGCUUCGACCGCUACAAGUACAGCGCGGUGGACACCAACCCCCUGUCCCUCUACGUCAUGCACCCCUUCUGGAACUCCAUAGUAAAGUUUUUCCCCAGGUGGUUGGCGCCAAAUCUCAUCACGUUCAGCGGUUUCCUGCUGCUCGUCUUCAACUUCUUCAUGAUGGCGUAUUUUGACCCGGACUUCUAUGCAUCAGCCGCAGGUCAUGAGCACGUCCCCAGCUGGGUGUGGAUCGUCGCCGGCCUGCUGAACUUCACGGCCUAUACCCUGGAUGGAGUAGACGGCAAGCAGGCUCGCAGGACGAAUUCCAGCACUCCGCUGGGGGAGCUGUUCGACCACGGCCUGGACAGCUGGGCCUGCAUCUACUUUGUGGUGACCGUUUAUUCCAUCUUCGGCCGCGGGGAGGCGGGGGUCAGCGUCCUGGUUCUCUACCUCCUCCUGUGGGUGGUGCUCUUCUCCUUCAUCCUCUCGCACUGGGAGAAGUACAACACUGGAAUCCUGUUCCUGCCCUGGGGCUACGACCUGAGCCAGGUGACUAUCUCCUGUGUGUACCUGGUGACGGCAGUGGUCGGGGUGGAGGCCUGGUACAAGCCCCUGGUGUACAAUGUCUUAUACAGAGACCUCUUCACCACCUUGAUUGUCGGUUGCGCGCUGACUAUAACUCUUCCUAUGAGUCUGUACAAUGUUUACAAGGGUUAUCGGAACAACACUCUGAAACACAAGAGCUUGUACGAGUCCAUGCUGCCGCUCUUCUCCCCCGUGCUGCUCUUCAUCCUGUCCACGCUGUGGGUCUUCGCCUCGCCCUCUCAGAUCCUGGAGGCUCACCCUCGGCUCUUCUACUUCUUGGUGGGGACCACCUUUGCUAACGUUACAUGCCAGCUGAUCGUGUGUCAGAUGACUAACACCCGGUGCCAACCUCUCAGCUGGCUCCUCAUCCCCCUGGCGCUGGUGGUGCUGCUGGUGGUCUCCGGCUUCGCUCACAAUAUGGAGGCUCUUCUGCUGGUGGUGUUGACGGCUCUUGUAACCAUCGCACAUUUACACUACGGAGUGUCAGUGGUGAAUCAGCUGAGCAGACACUUUAACAUCCUGACGUCUCGCUGAAGAAGCCCAGCACGGACUGACUAGAGGAGGAGGAGACGGUCGGCCUGCAGUCUGCAGAAGUCCUGUAAACCAUCUCAGCGACUGCUUGCCCCUCACGCCCAGGAAAGCCUCAGCUGCUGCCCCUCACCGCCCAGGAAAGCCUCACGCUGCUGCCCCUCACCGCCCAGGAAAGCCUCAGCUGCUGCCCCUCACCGCCCAGGAAAGCCUCAGCUGCUGCCCCUCACCGCCCAGGAAAGCCUCAGCUGCUGCCCCUCACCGCCCAGGAAAGCCUCAGCCGCUGCGGGGGAAGCGUACGCGAAGAUGCUGUACAUAACAGACCGACUGAAUGUGUGUCCCCCCCCCAGCCCUGCCCCCUCCCCGGCUCUUUACUUUUUAACCCUCGUGCUGCUGGGCACAUGAACCGGGCGUCGCGCUCUUUCCCAGAUGCCCUGACGCAUGGCCGCAGCCCGAGCUCCGAUAAAGCAGCGCCGACCAGAACCACGCUUUUUAUUGAUAUUUGCAUAAUGGUAACGUUGGUCAUGUGAUAUUACCUCAUCCAGUAGCUGCGCGGCGUCGGUCGUCCCUCCAGUAUAGCGCUAGGUAAAGCCUUCAUCAUUGUGUAAAGGAAAAGCUGUGCUUACUGUCAGGGAAUGGAAACGCGUUUUAAAAGUACACCCUGAUACACUGUAACGUACAUCAGCUGUGUGAGUAGUACCGAUUUAGGACGGUUUUCCAGCGUAUCGGUGUAGGUAUUAGCUGCCGGUCACUAGAAGGCAUUGUGCUGCUAGAGCAGUUUGUCUGUGUUGAUACACUGUAACAAGCCCAGCAGCUGUGUGGGUCUCAACUGGUUUGUGAAAGUGGAAAAAUAAUUUUUUCCUUUCUCUGACAGGAAGCAGAGGACGUUACCUGCCACAGUGUUCAGGCUUUACAUACACUAGACUAGGGGACCCCUGUAAGACGGUGUAGGCAUCAAUGGGCAUUGCUUUUGUGGGGGGAGGGGCGUUCUAUCCUUUUUUACUACUGAGUCACCGGGGGUAUCUGGAGGUCACUUCGCUCUCCCAAUACCUCCGCUAAUGGAGCAUCGCUGGUGGUAGACGUCUUCCACAUCAAUUUAUUUAGAGAAAAUCUGAUUACUAGUGCAGCCUGAGCUUCAGGUCAGCGUCAUGUGACUUCUGCCAGCUGGCUCCUCCCCUUCUGGGCUGUAAUCUGCCAAUCAGAUU